GGGCGGGCGCAGCGGCGGGCGGCUGCGAGGAGCGGCCGGUGGUGGCGGCGGCGGCAGCGGCGGCAGCAGCGGCGGGUGGCGGCAGCGGUCAGCGGUCGGCCAUGGCGGAGGCGGAGGCCGGCGGCGACGAAGCCCGCUGCGUGCGGCUGAGCGCCGAGCGGGCCAAGUUGCUGCUGGCCGACGUGGAUACGCUGCUGUUCGACUGCGAUGGCGUGCUGUGGCGCGGCGAGACGGCCGUGCCGGGCGCGCCGGAGACUCUGCGGGCGCUGCGGGCCCGCGGCAAGCGACUGGGCUUCAUCACCAACAACAGCAGCAAGACUCGCACGGCCUACGCGGAGAAGCUAAGGCGCUUGGGUUUCGGCGGCCCGGUGGGGCCCGAAGCGGGCCUCGAGGUCUUCGGCACGGCCUACUGCAGCGCGCUCUAUCUGCGCCAACGCCUGGCCGGCGUGCCGGACCCCAAGGCCUACGUGCUGGGCAGCCCGGCCUUAGCCGCCGAGCUGGAGGCCGUGGGUGUCACUAGCGUGGGCGUGGGCCCGGACGUGCUUCACGGCGAUGGCCCAAGCGACUGGCUAGCCGUGCCGCUCGAACCCGACGUGCGCGCGGUAGUGGUGGGCUUCGACCCACACUUCAGCUACAUGAAGCUCACCAAGGCCGUGCGGUACCUGCAGCAGCCCGACUGUCUGCUCGUGGGCACCAACAUGGACAACCGGCUCCCACUAGAGAAUGGCCGUUUCAUUGCGGGUACCGGCUGUCUGGUACGAGCCGUGGAGAUGGCCGCCCAGCGCCAGGCGGACAUCAUCGGGAAGCCUAGCCGCUUCAUCUUCGACUGCGUGUCCCAGGAGUAUGGUAUCAACCCGGAGCGCACCGUCAUGGUGGGAGACCGCCUGGACACAGACAUCCUCCUGGGCUCCACCUGUAGCCUGAAGACUAUCCUGACCCUCACCGGAGUCUCCAGUCUUGAGGAUGUGAAGAGCAAUCAGGAAAGUGACUGCAUGUUCAAGAAGAAAAUGGUCCCUGACUUCUAUGUUGACAGCAUAGCCGACCUCUUGCCUGCCCUUCAAGGUUAAAGAUCGAGUGUCUUUAAUCUCUGGAAUAAAAAAAAAAAAGAAAAAAGAAAAUCAGCUACCUAAAUUAAUAGGUGGGGUUUAGGAAUUGCUCUGUUAGGUGACUGCAGGUUAAUGGAAGUUAAGUAAUACGCAAAGGCAGUAGUUAAUCUUGUAAGUAACCGCUGGGGGGGGGGUGUUGUUUACAGAGAAUUAUAUUUUAAGAUGCACUUUUAAGCUUGGAAGGCAUUAUGGGAUGGGCAGAGCAAGUGCCCAACAUUCAGGUAACCUCAGGCCCUGUUUCUGAGAUUGAAAUGGGUCCAUGGUUGUGUGUCCAGUUUUUUAGUGAAAUGUAAUCAGGGAUCAGGCCCUGAGGUGGGUAGAGAGUAAAAGGGCUCUUAAUGACACACAGACCAAACCUGGGGUCUCCCCUAGUGAUCAUGCAGGCAGCAGAGGUGCCUGCUACUGCACCCCAGUUCCUCGCCUUUGGGGUGGGGUGCUGGAAGCUGCUCCCAGAGGAGCGUUCUAUUGUUGGGGUUUGGGUGCUGUCCAUGACAACCUCCACUCACUCUGCUGCUUUGAAAACCACUUUGACAUCACAAUUGUUCUGUUUCAGAUGCCCAGCACUACAGGCCCUCAUGCACAGUAGCAGCCCAGCUAAACUUUGUCUUGUGUGAACUUAAACCCGGGUGUCUUACAUGUGGCCUGCUGGCUGCAGAGUGGGUGUGGGAUGCCUGCCCUGAGCGCUGUGCUGCUUGACAGCGAGCUCAGACUCGUGUUUUUAUCGAACUAGCGAAUGACAUUGUCAAGUGUGGAAUUGGAUCUUAAGUGUGUGGAUUAAUAGCUGUGCUCUGUCUCAAUGGUAAACCCCACUGAAGAGAAAUCUCAUGCCCCAGCCAGCAGCAGAGCCAGUGUGCAAGCCAAUUGUCUUGUUUCCCAGAGUGUCCUCUGGGUAGGAAGGAAUGAGGGGUCCUGAGGAUAGUUAAGUCUCUCAGAAAGCAUCCGACCCCCUUGUCCAGACCACUUUUGGUUGUAGACAGGUUAAGUGGCGGUGCUCCUUGAAACCACGGGUCUUCACCCUGGACUUGUUGGUGGCCAGCCAUAAGGCCUACCAACCAGUUGGCUUCUCUACAUCCCUGGCCUGUUCCUCUGCUCUCAAGUCCCUGACCUUUAGCAGUGUGCUGAGUAGACUGGGAAGCAUUCGUGGGGCGGCACACCCGGGAAGUUGUUCCUUUUUGGCUGGUUCCUUUCUGGCACCUUGCCCUGUACCAAGUAGCUACUCUCUGGGCUGCAGCCUUCACCUGUUCGCCGAGUUCUCCGAGCAAUAAAAGGCAUCCCGUGCCUGCAGCUGCUUCCAGGGCAGGGCUGGGAGUGGAAUGGUGCCAUAGGUCAACACAGUGGCAGUAGUGCCUAUGACAUUGGUGGUGCUGAUCCCCUGACCAGGCUUGGCAGGUGCAUAGCCAGGGAUGCCCCUCCUCUGGGCAGACGCUUGAGAACCUGUGUGUGACGUCUGUCUCCAGCUUGUCUCACUGUGUGAUCUCAAAUGCACAUUAAACUCUCAAACCCAUGA